UUAUUUGUUUUGUAAAUUAAUAUAAAUAAUUUACUGCUGAACAAUGAAUUUUUAAGUUGUCAAACGGAAAACAGGUUUUACUGUAACGACCACUUGAAAUUAUUGUAUUAUAUUGCAUUUCAAUAGCAGGUGUCUAAUCAUCGUCACUCCAAACACACCAAUAGAAACAGAAGACAGGCAGAAAAACAAAAACAACAAUUAUUCACAAGACUCUUCUAAAUAAACGCUAUAUGUGUUUGUUUGUGUAAGCACAACUUUACAUUCGGACAUAUCAUACGAUUUGAAUAUAGUUGUCGAUAGUUGUAAAGAGAUCGGGUUUGCCUUACACUUCAAACCGUGUCGUAGGGUAUAAAGCAAAUCGUGCAUUGUUAUUUGAGUGUCAGUCUUGAUUUAGUACUUUGCAUGAAAGGGUCGUUCUCUCUAGCAUACAGAACAUACAGGCACAUCAAAUUUGCACAAAAACUUCAAAUCGACAUUCAAAGGAAUCUUUUUAGUCAAACCGGAUUACACAACAAAAGCAAAAUGAAUCGUGUUGGAAUUACUUUGAUCGCAACCACAAUUGAAGGGCAGUCGACAGCAAGUCCCGCAUCCGUGCAACAACUUGCCGUUGGCCCAAUCGUGACGACGCCCACGAGCAACAAGGAAAACAACAAAAUUUCGCAGAAUUUGAGCCAGAAACGGACCAUGGAGCAAUUCAACAAGAAUACAAGUCAAGCGACGGAAAUCUUGAAGGCGUCACAUGUUGUUUGUUUCGACGUCGAUUCGACUGUCAUCAAAGAGGAAGGUAUCGACGAGCUCGCUAAAUUCUGCGGAAAAGGAGAUGAAGUCAAGGAAUUAACGAAAGAAGCCAUGGGAGGCGCAAUGAGUUUUGAAGAAGCCCUUACCCGAAGACUGAAUAUUAUUAGACCCACGCAAGCACAAAUUAAGGAAUUUACUAAAUUGCAUCCCAGCACAAUUACACCGGGAUUACGAGAUCUCAUAAACAAGUUGAAACAAGAAGGCAAACAAAUUUUUUUGAUAUCUGGCGGAUUUGAUUGUCUGAUAAACGAAGUUGCCAUCGAAAUUGGAGUUCCCGUCGAAAAUGUGUACGCCAACAAACUCUACUUUACGUACGACGGACAAUAUGCGGGCUUUGAUUUGACGCAACCCACGAGUCACAGUGGCGGCAAAGCAGAGGCAAUUAAUCUCGUGAGACGUCGCACGGAGGCGCCGCACGAACGAAAAAUCGUCACAAUGAUCGGCGACGGCGCUACAGACAUGGAAGCUGUACCGCCCGCGGAUUACUUCAUCGGAUUUGGCGGAAAUGUUGUGCGGGAAGCCGUGUUCCGGGGCGCUCAGUAUUACACCGUCGACUUUAAAAAUGUUUUGUGGUAAAUGCAUGCCAAUUAAAUUUUAAUGUUAUAAAACGAAUUUUAUAUAAAAAUGAAAAUAUGUGAAUAAAACGUGUCUCUUU